UAGGUCACAUGAUCUUUUGGACAAAAUGGCAGAAGCAGAGGUAGUUAAACUACAGAACCAUCUGAGUUUACUGCGAGAGGAAUAUGUAAAGUUACAAAAUCGUUUGGCUGAGGUAGAGAAGAAAUACCAGAUUGCUAUUGCUAGUUCUGGUCAGUCAGGAUCAGAUGACAAUUUUGUUGCUAGACUAUUGAAAACAGUUGCUGAACUGUUCAAUAAAGAACUCUACAGUGACAUAACCAUUCACUUGCAAGGUUCACAACAGAUAUAUGGUCACAGGUUUGUCCUAGCAGCUAGGAGUGACUACUGGGGACUGCCUGAUCUAUCUUCUGUGAAAGAACUGGAUUUAACAGAUAUCAAGUAUGAGGUAGCGAAUGCAUUGAUGAAGUGGGUAUAUACAGAUGAAAUUGAUAUUAAAACAGAUGAUGUCUUCCUAUUAGAAUUACUGAGGGUGGCAACCAGGUUUAAGCUUAAGGUGCUUCAAGAAAGAUGCGAGAAUGGAUUGAUGUCCUUUGUGAAUAUGAAGAAUUGUAUCAGAUUUUAUCAGACAGCUGAAGAAAUAUCUGCCGAACUACUGAAGCAACAUUGUUCUGAACUGAUAUCUAACCAUUGGAAUGAUUUUACCAGUGAAGAUUUUGAGACAAUGCCGGCACCAUUACUGUACAGUAUGUUUAAGGCUAAGACUGAAUAUCCUCUACACACUGCCAUAAGAGCCAAGAGGGAAGAUGUUGUUUUCUUAUAUCUGAUGGAAUUUGACUCUCAGUUAUCAAACAAGUUAAACGAGGUUGAUGGUAAAGGUGAUCUUCCUCUUGACCUUGCCCUACAUUCUAGACAAGAAAGCAUUGCACAGACCCUGAUUAAACACAGAGUUGAUGUUAACAGGAGGGAUAACUCUGGAAAAUGUCUGUUACACAAAGCAAUUAAAAGAGGAGACGAGUUUUCAGGAGAAUUCUUGAUCACAAACAAAGCAGAUGUUAACAUGACAACACAUUUAGACAAAGAAACACCCCUACACAUGGUUGCAUCUUUUAACCCUGAUGUAUCUAGUCCAGAUAUCAUAAAAGGGAUGGCAAGGAUAGCACAGAAACUGUUGGAGCAUGGGAGUGAUCCCAAUCAACAGGAUACUGCUGGCAGUACACCAUUACAUUGUUCAGUGUUCUGUAAAAAUGAGGCAGUGAUGCAGGUCUUACUUAACAGUAGUAAAACGAACCUUGAACUCAAGAAUCUGGAGGGACAUACAGCAUUAUGGCUAGCAAUACAACAGGACAGUGUUCAGUUAAAUCGCUCACAAAUGGUAGCAGAAAAAGAGGGGGACUUGGAGGAAGUCUAUGGAGAGAGCAGUAUAGCAGCUCAGUUGUUGAAGAAAGGAAGUUCUGCUGAUGCUGUUGAACCUGAAACCGGUGAUGUUUUGUUGCAUUUAGCCACAAGAUGUGGAAAUGAGAGAGCUGGAAUUUUUCUAGCAAAGAAUGGUGCAAAGUUGAAUCUCACAAACAAUAAGGGAGAGACAGCCCUUCACUUAGCUUGUGAAAAGGGACUCUUAAAACUGACAGAAAUAUUAUUAGACAAGGGAGCUAACCCAAAUUCUCAAACAUUAAAACCAUCCCACUCAGCCACAGAACAAUUAACAUUUGAUGGAGAACUGCCUCCUGUUUCUCAACAGACACCUCUCCAUCUAGCUUUAGUCCAUAGACAUAGUGAUAUUGUAGAGAUAUUUCUACAGCAUAAAGUUAAAGCAGCACAUAGUGAAGAUGGAAUAAAGAUACUACCCAACUUCAAUCUUAAGGAUUCUGAUGGUCAGACAGUAUUAGGUCUGGCUCUAUGGAGCAACCUUCAUUCUGAAGCAGCAAGAUUGCUUGGAGCAGGAGCUAAUAUCAAUGAGAAGAAUUCAGAUGGAUUGACGCUAUUACACCAGGCUAUAGAGAAACAGGAUACAGCCAGUGCUUUGUUUUUAAUAGAACACCAGGCAGACCUUAGUGUAGUCACACCAGAUGGAGAGAUACCCUUACAGCAUGCUAUAAAGCGCCAUCUACCUGUAGUGGUCGAUAUUCUGUGUAAAAGGGGAGCUAAUAUGAAUCUUCCUGACAAGGAAGAUAACUGUCCACUGUGGAAUGCCCUGGAUUCAGGACAACAUGAUAUAGCACAGAUACUAGUAAAACAUGGAUGUGACCUUGACUUGUGGUCAGCAGGACCCGGUGGCUGUAGACAAACAUUAUUACACAGAGCAUUAGAUGAGAAUAAUGAAUCUGUCGCCUGUUUUCUGAUCAAAAGUGGUUGUGAUAAAAAUAGUCCAAGAAAACCAGGACCAAAUGGUGAAGGGGAGGAAGACGCUAAAGAGUUAUCUUCACCGUUACACCUUGCCUGUUGUUGGGGACUAGAGACUGUUGUACAGUGUUUGAUAGAGCAUGAUGCUGAAGUUAAUGUCAAGGAUGCUGAAUCCAAGUGCCCAGUUCAUGUUGCCAUAGAAAAUCAGCAUACUGUGAUUAUCUCCCUUCUUUUAGCCCACCCUUCAUUAGAUCUGACUGUACGUGAUAAAAACGGAUUCACUCCCUUUGCUGCUGCCAUGACAACUAAAAAUAACAAAGCAGCACAGGCCAUAUUAAACAGGGAACCAACUGCAGCUGAACAGGUUGAUAACAGGGGUAGAAACUUCCUACAUAUAGCCAUACAGAAGACAGACAUAGAAAGUGUAUUGUUUCUCAUCAGUAUUAAUGUUAAUGUUAAUUCUCCUGUACAAGACUCUAAACAACUAAUGCCAUUACACCUAGCUGUCAUGCAUGGAUCUGAGAUUAUUGUCAGGAAUUUGCUAUUAGCUGGAGCAGAUGUCAAUGCCAGGAACAAACAAGGAAUGACCUGCCUGCACUUAGCAGCAGCAGACAACCAUGCCAGUAUAUGUUCUGUACUGUUGGACAACAGGAUAGAGUUUGAUGCCUUAGAUGAAAACAAUAAUAAUGCAUUGCACAUAGCUGUACAACAUGGUCAUCUACAAGCUACAAGAGUCUUGUUAACAGAAUCACAAAUCAAUGCUGAAGCUGUUAAUGCAAAAGGACAGAUGCCUAUCCAUGUACUAUGUCAGUAUGGGAGAGAUAAUGCAGCUGCCAUCUUUGAAUUGUUUAAAGAGAGUAUGCCUGAUUAUCCAAUAGAUGCUGUUGACAGUGAGGCAAACACAGGUUUAUUACUAGCAUAUGUGAAUGGGAAUGGUAACCUAUGUAGAGCAUUGGUUAGAGCUGGAGCUAAGUUAGGAACAAUGAACAGACAGGGAUUAAAUAUAUUCAAUGCACCUGUAGCUACUAAACAAUUACUUUUUAAAUUAUUAGAUAUGUUAUCUAAAGAACCAGCUUGGUCAGAAGGAGAGAUUUGUUUAGAAUGUUGUGUUAAAUUUGGAAUCAAAACAAGAAAACAUCAUUGUCGUCACUGUGGAAGACUUCUUUGUGCAAAGUGUUCAUCUAAAGACAUGCCUAUUGUGAAAUAUAAUCAACAAAAACCUGUUCGUGUUUGUGAUGUUUGUUUUGAUGUGUUAAGUUUAGGCGGUGUAUUUUAAUGUCAUUACAAUAUUGUAUCAUUGUACCACCUAACAUUGCAAUGCUAACCCCAAAUGUUCAUGAUAUGAAAUGGUCAGUUUUAUGUGUACAUGUUCAUAUUUUGUGCAUUUAUAUUAAAGAGAAAUCUGAUAAAAAGCAAGUAAGUCAUAUGUUGUAUAGAUGCAUCUUUGACUUGGAAUGAUGGAACAUGGAGUGUUGAAUUGCAUCAGUUGAUUUAAAAAAUGUACAGAGAAAGUAGAGGGAAAAGUAUCUGAUGAUUUCAGAACUUAAAGUAGGACUUAUGAUUAAAAAUCAUAAAAAAAUAGAUCAAAUAAAAAACCCCUGUAAAAUGGUAGUUGCCACUUAUUUUGGGGAAAUGAUUGAUUUACUUUCCUUUUAGAAUUAGGUUGAGUCCCAACUUGCCGUUAUGGAUGUCACAAUAAUUAAUCAGAGUAAACUAUACAGGCUAGCAUUUGAUCAAAAUAGGAAUUGAGCACAGUGAACAAACAAGAUGAAUUAUUUACAGAGUUCAGCUUUCUCUUUUUUAUACAGAAGGCUUUGAAUAUUUUUUAACAUUUGUAUUAGUUGUUUUUGUUAUAUUGUUUUUGUGUACAUUUAGUUAAAAAUCUGACAGAUAAUCAUUGAUUUUGUUCAUUCACCAUAACUGUUGCAUUAAAAUCUAGUUUGAUCUUGCAGUGUAACAAGCUGGUGGCAGGAUUCGAUUCAGGUGUGGGAUACACCUUAAAUUCAUGAAAAAACGUUGGUUUUUUUUACAAAGAACAUGCCAAAAAUUUGUUCAUUUCACUCUGUUUGCCAAAAUUGUUAGGUUCAAUGCUGCACUCAAUUUAAAGCCUGGAUCAGUGCCUGGAUCGGUGCCUGGAUGAUUUUCAAUUGAUGUAUUUGCUUUAUAGUGAUGUGCCAAACUAGUGUCAUAGAAAAAAGUAAAUAGAGCUAUGGAUUAGAUUUUUUUUUCUGUUUUUUGCAUAGAUAGUCAAAGUAGCAUUUAAAGAGUGCAAUAUUCUGUGUAUUUCAAUACCUGUACAUAACACCAUCAUAUACUUGUCAAAAUUAUGUCAAAUUAACCUAUCCACUAUUUAAAAAGGCAGUUGUUAUUUCAAGCUCGAUAAUAUUAAAAUUCUUAUAAAAAUAUUUUAAAAGAUAAGCAAACUCAAUUUCUUUAAGAACAAAAAAACAUGGAGUAUUUUCUGUGUCUAAAUAGCAUUGACUUCUGACCAAAAAAAGGGUUGAACGAUUUAUGGUGCAAUUCAUUCUUACCAAAGUUAAUGUAAUAAAUCAAACAAUAUUUGUCGAUGUUUUUAGUAAGAUAUAUCUGUAAAACUGUUUGAAUGCUUGAACUAACAUAGUAAACUUAUAGUCAACAUUGCCAUUUUAUUUCAAAAUAGUACUAAAAAUUAAAGGGAGUUUUUUGUUUUUUAUAUUUGGUGAUUUUCUGUUAUUGAUGAAUAUACCUGGAGCUUUUUACCUUACGUUUUUACAAAGGUUUUAUUUCUUUUUCAAGUUGAAUAAAAGUUGUUUGUGUGAUUUUUUUUAUAAAUGUUCAUUCCCGUUAUCUCUUUUAUAUAAUACAUAAAACUGAAUAUUUGAGAAGAGUUUUUUUCACAAUAUUCUAUGUACAUGUAAUUUUUAGAAUCUAAAUGUAUCUUUUGUUAGUAGUGCCGUAAUUAAUUCUGCCACACUUACAAAAUAUUCUUGAAAACCUUGAAGGGUGGCUGACUUUAAAGAUAGAGAUUAAUUGACAUUACGUAAAUCUGUAAAAGAGAGGCGAAAUACACAACAUAGAAAAUUAAAGACUGAGUGUCAUGAACCCCACCAAAAAGUGGGGUGAUCUCAGGUGCUCUGGAAAGGUAAGCGGAUUCUACUCCGCAUGUGGCACCCGUCAAAGUCCAUAAAUCUGUAAAAGUAUAAACAAUUAUUAAAUGUCCUAUUUAUUUCAUAUUUUCUUACCUAUUGAGCAAAAGUUUCUAAUGGACUGAGAAAGAACAAUUUAAUGGUUGCUUAUGGGUUGUUUAGGAGAAAUAAUCUGAUAAUCAAAGAAAUAAAUGAGAUUUGCUGUGAUGUACACUGUAUAUUUGUGCAAUAAUUUGGUCUAAUAUUGUACACUGUAUAAUAGUGCAAUAGUAGGGUCGAAUAUUUGUUUUGUAGAUUGCUUUCGGUUUUGUACUGCUGAUAAGCUUGUUAUGAAAAUUUUAUUUGUUAUAUUGUAUAAAUGUGCUAUUAAUAGAUCAUUCCGUAUAUAUAAUAAUUAUAUAAUGUCAUUCAUUUGUUAUUAGAAAAAAAUAUAUGAUACAAAAUUUU